ACAUUAAGCACGCAAUCCCCAUUCUAAACUAACUCGAAAAUGAACACAAACACGCUGGUCGUGUUCAAUAUUUGUGACUCUACCCGUUUGCACCGUGUUGCAAUACCAGCAUUUGGAACCAUUGCCAGUCUAAUCCAACAAGGAUCUAUCGCCUUAGAAAGAAACAUCGCGAGCAUUACAACGGAGCAAGAUGGAUGUCGAAUUACAUCGGACUUGGUGCUCAACGUUUACAAGGACAAGCUUUUCAUGCUCCUCGAUGCGGAUGAGAUGUGGACUCCUGUUGUCAACAUACAUCCUCUCGUAGAAAAUGCUGCUAAUCCAACCGAAACAAUGUUAAAAACCGCCACUACAAAUAGCAUACAACUGUACAGUUCUGAUGACAACCUAUUCAGCAACAAACGUGCAGAUCAAGAGAGCAGUGCUUCGAUAUUCUUACAGCAAAUUCAGGAUCAAUCAAGGAUUGUCACUGUUCUUCCAGGUACCAGCAAAACCCCAGUCACUUCUGAAGCCAUACUGAACCCUGAGAUUGACAUUCAGGAUGCACAACUUCAAAAUAAUGCAACUCAAUCGACCAACGAAGUUCUUGUUCUUGAAGAGCAAGUCGAAGAGGCUGUUGGAUAUGAUGAAAAUUGCAAUCCGAAUAAUCCGGAGAAAAGGCCUUCGGAAGAUAUUAGGCUUAUUAUGAGCUCGAAGAAACACGCUUCUUCUGAACUAAAGUUCCAAACCUUCGAGGUGAACUGGGAAAAGAUCAGUGAUAAUAUCAUAAGUCGCCUUCAAAAUUUUCAAAAAUUUAGGGAUGAAAACCCUAGUCAGUGUGUCCCAAAACUUCUCCAAAUGACAAAAACUGAUUUGAGUGGGCUUGCGAAUUCGGUGGUCGAUCAAUUACGAAUGAUUGACACCCAGAUACGAGCAGAUGUCAUGGGAACAGUGUCGAAACAAAUUCUCAAUGCUUUCCCGUGUCUGAGCUUCGUAGACGAUGACGGCUAUGGAUCAGGAACUGGUCAUGUGUGGCUAAAACACAAGAUGAUUAAUAGAAACUCAUAUCUUAAUCGUUUUAAGGAGCCGUACGUAGCGAAAGCAGAUUGCAUAGAACUUCGAAGGAAUCGAAACGUAAGAGCGGGUACUAACAAACAGUAUUGGGAACACACGAAUAACGAAUGCGGCAAAGACGUAAUUUCGAAGCUCUCGCGUGAUGAACCAGCUUUAUUAACACACGAGUUCCUACAAGCAUCACAGUCUUAUGUUCGAUAUCGGUACGAUGAAAAUAUUCCGUUGAAAGACAUCUUGGGAAAACUUCCGGUCCUCAGAAGAAGGAUCCUUCUAUACUACCAUUUCGAGUGCGCAACGGGAGUAUCAGCGGAUUCCUUGGAGAAGUACUAUACGGCUAAACGUUCAAAAAUAAUUGACUUUUCAAAGACUAAUCGAAAGAUCGAACCUCUGGACACAAUAACUUCAGACUACAAUAUUUUCGAAUAUUUGUGCAGAUUGCUUGGAGAAAACAUCGAAGACAUCGUUAUCCUCAAAGAGAUUGGUACAAAGAUGGUGGACAUAACUCUCAAUUGCUCUGGGCCUGUUAUUGUUGCCAUAGAUUGCGGAAAUGACGAGCGAAUGUACUAUGUUUUCGCCGAUCAAACUCGACUGAGCGAAGGAACCAAAAAUGUGGUCACUGCCGUAGCUGAUUUGAUGUGCAUCCAUUAUGUACAUAACUUCAUGUACAUGAAGCAAGUUUCAAAAAUUUUGGAAUUCGUCCAGGAAUACUUCCUCAAGAUUCUGCCUGCCACUGGAUCAAAGUCUAAUGCGACCCGUAAAGGACAACAGCAAAGAGUUGUGAAACGAGUCAUCGCUGCCAUCGCUAACUAUUCAUCGUCGUAAUUUAAAUGGAUUUACGAAUAGCUAGACGUAUUGGAACAAACAUAGUUUAAGAUUACUCAUACCACCUCAUAUGUACUGUAAUAUCCGAAAUGCUUUUUUUUUAACAAUAAUCGCCCGAGGUAGUAAAUUGAACCUCAAGAGGGAUUUUCAAUGUUAUUAUUAAUAUUUUUUAUGAUUUCCAAGUCGUAAAAGGUUUGUUUUAGUAUGUUAACUUUAAAUAUGUUAAUAA